UUCCUUGUUUUUUUAUUUCAAUUUUUGUUGGGGAGUUUGGAUUCAUUGUUUCUUCGUUCACAUAUUUUGGAUCUUGGUGUGUGGUUUUUUUUAGUGUUAUAAAUGUUUCAAUACAUAAGCUAUUGAUCUUUCUCCUUGGAGGUGAUGAGGGGAUAAUGAAACCUCGGGUGACCAUGAUGAAGAAGACGGAAAAGGAGGGUGGAUGGGGAUGGCUCACAACGGUGAAUGGAAGGAGGACUGAUGCUACUCAUUUUUAAUGUGGAGGACCGUUUUUGUCUUAUUUCUAAUAUAAACUGUAUUUGAACAAAAAGAAAAAAUAAAAAGAUAUAAAAGUGACCAAGGACCAAAUACGUAGAAAAAUAAAACCGCAGACCAUAAGUAAAAUCAAGGACAAAGAGUAAGAAUCUAAUAAAAUAAAGAGACCUUGUAAUUUAAUUUUGUCAUAAAUAAAUAAAUAUAAAGGCGACACAAGACACCAAUUUCUAGAACGCCCGGGAAUUUCCUAUCCUCCAGGUCUUUCACGAAUUCGCCAUAACCUCCUGCCUGUGCAUAUAUAAACACCUUCAACCUGAUGCUUCGAUCAUCAAACCACAGAUAAAGAAUCAUCAUCAUUCAUCAAUAUCACCAAUAACUAAUGGCUUGCACAACAAGCGGGAUCUCUUCUUCCCCUCUUCUCUCAAACAACAUCUCCAAGCCUUCAACCAAAUCGAUCAGACCUACUUGCUGUGCCUUACGUUUCUUUCCGCCUUCACGAACCCGCAGCAGACUCCCCGUCGUCAGAGCUCAGGCAGAAAAAGAUACCUCCGUCGAUGUUCAAGUCAGUAGCAACCAAGGCAAAGCUUCUGCUAAUGGAUCCGUAGAACGCCGCCCCUCAUCCACCACCAUAUCCCCUUUUGGGUUGUUGGAUCCAUUAUCUCCGAUGAGAACAAUGCGUCAAAUGCUGGACACGAUGGACAGGAUAUUUGAAGACUCGAUGGCGUUCCCAACGAGGACUGGUACGGCCUGGAACAUUCGUUCUCCAUGGGACAUACAGGACUCUGAGAAUGAAAUCAAGAUGAGAUUUGACGUGCCUGGACUCUCCAAGGAAGAUCUGAAGGUGUAUGUGGAGGAUGACAUGCUUGUUAUCAAGGGAGAACAUACGCAGGAUGAUCAGAAUGAAGGAGGCGACAAGAGUUCCUGGACUAGACAGAAUUACAGCUCCUAUCAAACUCGCAUUGAUCUGCCGGAUAAUUGUGAGAAAGAGAAGAUCAAAGCUGAUUUGAAAAAUGGUGUUCUCUUGAUCUCCAUUCCGAAGAAGACGGUUGAGCGAAAGGUGAUUGAUGUGGAAAUCCAGUGAGUGUAUUAUAUCAGUAUAUCAUGUAGUUCACUUCAGAGUGUGUGUAUGUAUAUAUGGAACCUUAAUUUUUCUAGUUUUUGGCUAUAAAAUAAGAGGAGGCUAUAGUUGGUGACA